CUCUGAAAAGUCUUGCCGGAAGGAGGCUAGUUUCCAGUUGUUGGACCCGGCGUUCUCCAAACGCUGUCGGUAAACCACAAAACCCUCCUGUGGGUGUGAACGUGUCCUGCCUGCAUCUGAUGGUCCAGGGAAAAGUUGGGAAAAGCCCCUCGGACGGUUCCUCUGGAUUCCAGAGCUCAGAAUGUCAGAUGUGCUGAACUUGAACGCAUUCCAGCUCGAAAUUUACACAGAGGUCAAGACUAUGCCGAUUAAGGCAAUUCUUACAGAAACUGUGCGCGGUCUGCAGGAAUCGUGGCUCUCACUACUUCUGCCAACGGGGGAUUAAGAGCUGCAUUUAGGCCCCCAACCAUCCUUUGCUGAGCACCGGCUGUUGAGAGGGAAUCACAGGUGACCAGGAGAGUUAAAACCCGCGUCUCAGAAUGCGAAAAGCUGGGCUCCGUGGAAGACGAGCCAAGUGCAACAGGGAGAAGUGGACGGCGCAGACCCGUGGUUGCUUCUCCAUUUCUGAUGCUUCUCAUCCCCAUGGACCCACAGCCGUAACCAUGGUGACACGGGUCGUCGAGGUCAGCUCCAUAGCGUCCUUGACGGGAGUGCCAGGCCUCGGGGACAUCGCCAAGGAGGAUGCCCUGACACGGACCUACUUCUGCCAGGCCGGGGACGCCCCGGGGGCCCCCUCGGCGCUGCUCCUGGACGGGAAGAGCGCCCUCCGCAGCCCGGCCCGCUCGCUCCCCCUGCCCAGACUCGCCCCCAAGCCCUUCUCCAGGGACAAGGCCCCCGACGUGAAGCCCCCCGUUGUUGCGUCCUUGCAGCCCGGCCUGGCCAGGCCGUCUCCUGCCUGUGGGGUCCCCCAGGACGUGGCUGCAAAGGCCACGAGCGAGAGGAUGCCCGGCCUGCUGGGGCAGGAGGUGGGCGGUGGCGAGGGCCUGCGGAGGAGCUCGUCUCUGUUCAACAAGCCCACGUUUCUGCGGCCCAGCCCCAGCGCCACGGUUCUCUUGGAAACCACCCAAGCCGGGCCCUCUCUGGGCCCAGGCGGCAGGGACGGGGCUCCGGAGGCCAACACGAGAGUGUCCCAGGAGGCUCCGUCGGGUCCGCGGCCUGAAGUGGCCGCCAAGCCCGCCCUGCCCUCCUGGAAGCCUGGGGGGGCCCUUCCCCGGCCUGCCUCCCUGUCACAGGACACAAGGCCGGCUGCCACCCAAGAGGAGCCGGGCCCCCCCGAGGCUCUCCCGAAGGCCAGCCGAGUGGAGGCCACGGGGGGCCCUGCCCCGGAGCCCAGGCCUCGCCUGAGGAGAAGGCCGGUGUCGGCCAUUUUCAUCGACUCCCUUCAGCCUCAGCAGCCAGGCCCGGGGGGAGCAGCUGCGGGGGGCAAGGCGCCCCCCACCCCUCCUGAGAAGUCCUGGGUGAGGAAGCCCAGGCCCCUGUCCGUGGACCUCACCGCCCGCUUCGAGAGCAGAGAGGCCUUGCUGAGGAAGGCGGCCGCCGAGGUCACCGCGGGUCCUGGCGCCCAGCGUCGUGGGCCAGAGGGGUCCGACUCCGAGCCCAGAGUGGAUGAGAAGUGUUUGCUCAAAGCAGAGGCGCCCCUUCUUGACCCGGAUUCGCACUUCCUGGAGGUGGCCAAGAAGAUCCAGGAACGGAAGGAGAAGAUGCUGUUUAAGCAGGUGGAGAUGGGCAGCCUCGGUCCCCCCAGGGACACGGCCAAGGUCACCCCCACAGAGGACCAGAAUCUUGGGGAAGGGAGAGCCAAGCUGGACGGGGACUUGGAGAAGGCUCCCAAGUCCCCUUCCUCCAGGCCGGGGAAAGGCCCAGAAUUUGCUGCCGGGGAGGUCCUGGCGCCGGCAGAGUGGACCUCCAGGGGCAGCGUCAGGAAGCGCAUCAGCCUGUUCGGGGAGGAGAGCGCCACGGCCUUGGCAGCGGGGUCUGAGCCCCCACGGGCCACUCCUGAGUCCCCAUCCACCACCCCAGAGCCGGAGAAAGCAGGUGUGAGCGUCCAGGAACGGAUCAAGGGCUGGACGGCCGAGGGCUCCGAGGCCAAGCUGGAGAUCAGGAGGAGGGCGUUCCAGGCCCGGCCUCUGUCGGCGGAUUUGACCAAACUGUUUUCGAGUCCCGCUGCGAGCACUGAAGUCAGAUCCGAACAGUGUGCCGAGCCAGGUGGCGAGCUCUCGAAGGAACGCGGAGAGAAGCACAAGGAAGGGCCUGGUUCGGACAGACCCUCGGUCCUGAGAAGCCCCCGGAAGCCCGGGACGCCACGGGAGGGGUCCAGGCAGACGGAGCAGAAAGACAGCUCCAACCACGUGCCCGACGACUGUCGAGGGGGACGCUUGGUAGGGCCCCGGAGCUCCUCUGACAGCACUCCGGAGGACGAUGGAAGCUUCCAGACGGUGUGGGCCACCGUGUUUGAGCAUCACGUGGAGAGGCACACGGUGGCCAACCAGUCAGGACGCUGUCCCGUGGCCACGCCCUUUGGUGACGUGCCCGAUGCCCGCGGCUCGGGGCUCAGACCCAGGCCUGAGAGAGGCUCGUGGCUGGGGACAGACCCGCCUGAAAAGACAAACCUCAAGAAGGAUAACUCCAGGCGGUUUGACAGUCCCGACAUGGAGAAGCUGGGACAGACCACCCUCUCCAAUGGGGCGCCUAAACCGUGUCACACGGUGCUCCCGGAAAAAUACCCUUUGGGUGAAAACCGCUAUGAGAUCCCCUUCCGGAGGCGCUCAGAAAACCCGCCCGCCUCCCAGAGAGUGGAGCCCAAGUAUGACAUUGUGCACACAGUGGGGGCACGUGCGCACAGUGAGGCCAUCUCCACGGCGCCCGAGGGAAAAGCCGUGACGCUCCGAAGUGGCAGGUCUCGGCUCUCGCUGACGGGGAGGCAGCUGUCCCCUGAGGUGGCCCCCGCCGACCCAGAGUGCAGGCUGGACGGGCAAGCGGGGUCCGUCCACAGGGCCAGUUUGAUCUGGGAAGCUCGAGGGGCACCUGAGGUUGGUGGGUCCAGGCCUGACUUCCGGGAGCCAAAGGACACGUUUGGGGGCAAUUGCCUGUCGCCCAAGUGGACAGGGGGGCUGAGCAUGAACUGGCAUAAAGCCACGGUGGUGGUCAGUGGAGAGAAAGGCUCAGAAGUGAGCCCCGAGGUCGCCAGUCAGUACCCGGCCAGGCCCUGCGGCCCCGAGGCCACCUCUGGGAGGGCCGUCCAGGCUGCCGUCUGGGAGGCCCAGCACCAGGGCCCGGAAGGAGCUGGAAACAAGCCGGGAGGUUGCAUUGCAGCAGGAGAAAGGGGUACCCCCCGGGGAUGGCCUCUGGACGCUCCUUCCAGGGUGAAGGACGAGCCCUCUGACUUCCGAGUACGGCCACAUCCAGAUGUCCAGAAAGGGGCCCCCGUGGUGGCUGCCAGUGAGGGCGAACCGAGGCCAGCGGCCCCGGCGCCAGAGCCCGAAGCCAGGAUGCGGAAGGCGGGGGCCACGGACCAGAGAUUCGAGCGGUGGAGGCGGAGGACUCUGCCCCCCGACGUGAAGUUUGAUGAAUUCAGCUUCCUCGCCCCAGAACACUCUCAGAAGGUGGAGCAGAGACGCACAGAUUAUUUGAGCCCCUCCGCUGGUGCCUUAAGAAAACCCCAGCUCUCCCACAAUAAGACUGAGUCCCGGGAGGGGGGCCCAGGCGUUUCACAGGACCGGCCUCUCUUGGCCGUGAAGCAGGGGUCACCGGUGGAACCCAAGGCCACGUUUUUUGCAGUCACCUAUCAGAUUCCUGAUACUCAAAAAGCAAAGAGUGUUGUUAAGCCAGGGCCUGAAUACUUGACGGAACAUUCUAGAAAAAUAACUCCGCCUCCAUCACCGCACCCUUUAACGUUGACUUUGGGUUCUCUUGACCACGAAGAGCCACUGGAGACGGCCGCUGGUAAAAACUGGGGUAAGGGCAGAGAGCGUGACAACGCGGGCUUUUCAAAAACCCUGAAGCCAACAGACCAUCCGUUGUCUCUUGGGGACAGGAUUCUGGAUUCUUCUAGUGAAAGGAUCAUCGGUGCUGAUGCUUUACGGAUUUAUCGGGGACCAGAAAAUGGCACUGGUGUUCAGAACGACUGGAAGGACAACAAGAACGAGACGUCCACCAGUAUUGCUCCCAAAACGAGCCCCGCUUUCAAAAGUCGUCCGAAGGCCGGCGACCUCCUGGUCAGAAGGAAGACCGAGGUGAUCAGCGAGACGUUUCCAGGUAAAAUCAAAGACGGCUACAGGUCAAGCGUUCUCGACAUUGACGCCCUGAUGGCGGAGUACAAGAAGCCGGGGGCUCAGGGGUCCAUGGAGGGUCCGUCCAGCAGCUCGUCUCUGGAGAGGCCGGGCCAGCAAGGCGUGGGGGACCCGAGAAGAUGGAGCCUGAGGGAGGGGCCCAGAGCCGAGGGUCUCCGCAAACACGCUGGUUCUGCCGAAACAAACCCCAUUUCCGCUCCUGGCUCUGGCGAGCAGCCGGCAGAGACCCCAGGGCCAGCCACGAACCCCAAAUUCAGCCCCCCUCUCUGGGCUCUGCCGCAGUCAGCUCCUUCUGAAAAAUCUCCAGGAGCCUCUUCUGGCCCAGGGGGUCCCAGGAAGAAAGUCUCAGGAAUCGCUGAGGAUGAAAAAAAGGCUUUUGCAAAUAAGUCUCACGGGGCGAAGGGUCAGAAUUUCCCGGCCGAGGCAAAGCCCGCGGCCUGGGAGGAGCCGGGCAGUGGCGCCACCGUGUCGCCCAGAUCAUUCCCCGCCGACCAGAAGAAAGAGACCCCGAGGAAAGCCAUCGGGAGGGGAGAGGAGGGCAGUGUUGCCCAGUGGGGUGACCACCCCCCAGACUGUGGAAGGUUACCACCGGACGUCAAGAGGGCCUGUUCGGAGAAGGGCCCCCCUGUCAGAGUCCGGGAGGGCCUGUCCAUCAUGCAGGAAGCCAGAGAGAGGAGGUGGGAGCAGCCCAAAGGGAGGGCCAGCCUCCUGGAGGAGAGUUCAGAGGCCAAGGAGACUCAAGUGGGGCCCCGUCGGCGGGAGUCGGGGACUCGAGACAGUCAAAAGGUGCCGCCGCGGGACCAGGGAAGGGAGGAGGCCCUGCAGGACAAUGAGCGGGCUCUGCAGCCGGUGUCCCCUGCGGCCUCGGGCCCCCAGAGAAGCCACAGCUUCUGCAACGACAAGAAGAGCGGGCCCUUCAUGGACCAGCUGAAGCAGUGUUUCUCCAGGAGGCCCCCCGAGGCCAGGGACACCGACACCCUCGUGCAGGAAGCCGACAGCCAGUAUGGGACAUGGACGGACCCACGUCAGAGCGGGGAGAGCUUGGCCCCCGAGUCCCCGUCCCCGGACAGCAGUGCCGCGUCGGGGCGGAAACAGCCCCCCAGCAGCCGCUUGUCCUCCCUGUCCUCGCAAACGGAGACCCCCUCCGCUGGGGACCAGCCUGAGGGCUCCAGAGACCAGCGGAGCACCAGCGCGGACCGCUCCAGCACUGACCUGGAAUCCACCGACGGGACGGAUGGGCUGCCCGCCCCGGACGCCUCCCCUGCCAAGAGAGUGGACGACUUCUCCUUUAUCGAUCAAACCUCAGUCCUCGACUCAAGUGCCCUCAAGACCCGGGUGCAGCUCAGCAAGAGAAGCCGCCGCCGGGCUCCCAUCUCCCACUCCCUCCGGCGCAGCCGAGUGGGCGAGUCGGAGAGCCGAUCUCCACUGGAGGAGGACGCUGACAGCAGGUGGAUGUUCAAGGACUCGACGGAAGAGAAAUCCCCCCAGAGGGAAGAAUCUGAUGAGGAGGACAAGCCCUCCAGGGCCGAGAGGACACCUGUCAGCCAUCCACAGAGGAUCCCCGUGUUCCCAGGCAUGGACCCGGCCGUGCUAAAGACUCAGCUGCACAAGAGGCCCGAGGCCGACAGUCCCGGCGAGACCCCCGGCCGGGUCCCCCAGCCCAGGACCCCCAAAUCCCCCUUCCAGCCUGGGGUGCUGGGCAGUCGCGUGCUGCCCUCCAGCGCGGAGAAGGACGAGAGAUCAGAAGAGCCAUGUCCGCAGUGGCUGCGGGAGCUGAAAUCCAAGAAGAGGCAGAGCCUGUGUGAGAAUCAAGCUUGAGCAGACAGGGGACACUGCCACGUCUAAUGAACAGAAGCCUUAACUGUCACAACCCCCAGACACGGCCACACUGCUGCCGUUCUCUCCUGCACGACGGUGACCAGCCAGGGCCCCUCCGGUCGGGUGGAGAAUGCUGUCCGGUGCCCCCCGCUGGCCCUCCCGGAUCGGGCGGCACGGCUCAGCCAGCACGUCUCCCCAGACAGCACUUCAAGCCGGAAAGAAGCCGGGCUGCCCAGAACUGUCCACACUCGUGGUUUGGUUUUUUACUUAAAAAUGUGCAUUUCUGCCCACUUCGGACACCUGCAGCAGCUCCAGCAACAUGGAUGUGAGGCUGGACCGUCUCUCCAGUUGUGGAAAACUCCUGUAUUUUGAAAGCAUCUCUUCUCCCGCCCCAGGGCAGGUCUCUUUCAAAAGGACAUUUCCAGGGAGGAAGAAGCCAUUCGUGGCCUGCUGUCAUUGUGGUCCAAGGUGGUACCUUCCGCUUGGGGUUUUGGAUGGCUUUUUUCAUGAAUUCCAUCGCCCUCUCGACGAAUCAGCAGUUUGAUUUUCAAACACCCCCACUCUCCUUCUGUCGAGUGUCUCUCUCCCUCCGGCGGGGCUGCCUGCAGAGUUGGCCUGUUUCAUCGUAUGUCACUUUCGUUUGCUUUAGAAGGUGAUAAAGCAAUAAUUCAGCCAGUUUUCUUUGAAAUUUGCUAUGUAUAUAUGUUUUUACGUUCGAGAACAGGAGGAAAGAUGUCUGAAUAGUUUGCUUGAAGUAUCCGAUCAUCUCAGGUUCUUAUUCCCUGUCCAAGCUUUUGAAAAAUUCUAAUUGUCCCCCUUGGAUGUAUUUUCCUGGUUUCUUUUCAUCUGAGCUCUGAUUUCGGUACAGUGACCUUUGUCCCUUGGCCUAAAGGGUUUAUAAACUUCAGCCCAAAUGGCAGUGCCUUUCUCACUCAAACAUCAGACCCGACUGGAGAAUCUUUUCCUCCAGUCUUUUUUGGACCCCUCCUGAGCUGCUGGCCUGGAAGAACGUUACAAAUUGGCCUCAGGACAAACGCGCAAAUGAGGGUUCCUUGUUUCUUCUCUCCUCUUCCUCUACCGCAUCCCCCAUGCCGCCCCCCGCAAACUCCACCCGACCAAGUGCUUUUUUAGGUCCAAAUGCAGGAAUGGAGGGUCUUGCUAAAAGCCCUUCUCUGGAGGAGAGGCCCCCAGGCUAGGAACUCUGGACAGAAGUGCUGGAUGCUAAGUGACGAAGCGUAAGGUUUGCCUUGUCCCUUUUUUCUUGCUAGCUCUAAGUGGGGGCUCUAGACCUCUGCUUAAGACCUCUAGACAAUCUCUACUCUGUCCUUCUUUUUGGAAAUCCUCAACACCAGCUUCCUCCACCUCUGAAGCCCAAGGCUCCAGCAAUCAUCCCAGAUAUACUUGGCUGGCCACCUGCCACGCCUGGAGUUGCCAUCCACUUUGUGCCAACCUUGCCCGGGAGACGCCCAUUGGUGAGAUGCCUGGGGAGUUCAUAGGGCAAUUGCCGAGGGGCCCUGGGCUGAGUUUCCUAGUGGAUCCAUGCACAGCACUGGCUAGAUGUGGAAGUGAGGGCACAUGCGUUCCACCCCCCUCCCCCCACCCCUGGCCCCCAGCUUCCCAGGAGGUGAAAUUCUCUCUUGAUAAAUCCAUUAUUUGCAAAUGGUGUCAAAACAUACCUCCCUUCUCCCUGGCCACCUUUCCAGAAGUCUCCAUUUGUCUCCUCAUCCCUUCUUCCCCCCUUAUCUCCCUUUACCACCUCUUCCCUCUCUUGGGGAUGGCGGCGGGGAGUGGAGAGCAAUCCUGUUUCUCCAGGUUAAGACAAACACCUGUGCCCCAGGUGGUUGUGGUUCAGCACCACGGACAGUGGCUGCAGGGCCCCUCCCUCCCUGAGUCCCGUUGGCUGAUCCUGGGCUCCCGAUGGGCAGUUGUUGGACCCGUGACCGGCCCAGCCUCCUGCAUAUGGCAGCCUCAUGCAUCUGUGUCUGGAGGUUUGGCGCUUCUUGAUAAUAGUUUGUGUUCUCUUCGUUCGCUGAGUGAGCGGUCAGUCCCCUGUGGCCAUUCGGGAAUUUAAUUCCUCCAGGCACUGCUUCCAUUGAUUUUUUUCCUUUUUUCUUUAAGAUCAAGUUCAUGUUUUAUAACAGUUUUAAUAUAGUGGCUUUCCAAGUUAAUAGGCCCCCUUUAAAGAUACUCCUAGUGUGUUUUGACCCCGAUGGCUUUUCUUGGCUGCCGUCUUUGUCUUUCUCAAGGUGGGCAGGGCCCCUGGGGACCAUCGUAGGCAGUAGGAAUGACCUGCUCUGUUGAGUGAGUCUAUCAAUGCUCACCACGCAAGACUCUCGGUUCUGAAUUAGUCACGUUUUAGCCCAAGUAUGCCCGACAGGCAGGAAAAAACACUUGAAAAUGAGAUUGACCUGGAGAUCUUUUGCCCAACCUCCCACCCCUUGACUGGAAAUAAAAAUCCAUUUAGUUCCUUGAUGAUUCGGGCGUACAAAAUCCAACCCUGGAAACCGACGAGGGCAGCCUGCUCUCUCCACCGCAGAGCAGACGAUCACAGUGGGUCAGGAGCGGCCCCCUUACUGCAGGCUCCCCACUUCCUCCGCAUCCCGCCGUGAUCAGUGUGCGGUGAACUCAGACGUGGCUGCUGCUUGCAGCUUUUGCAGGUAGCUGGGCAAGUGAGUUAUUUAUUUCUCCUUUUUGUAAACUAGGUGAGCUCUCGGGGGCUAAGCAAGGGUUUAUAUGCCCGUUUCUCCAGUUUGCCUGGCGCCGCCCUUGAAAAUCUGUCUCCUUUUAAACUAACUUAAGACGCCUUAAUCGUUUGUAUGCAGUCAAGUCACCUGUCUUCAUCCAACCCUCCUCCUCUGGGCCUUUGGAUGUUAAAUGAGAGUCUUACAGAAAAUGCAAAUUCCUAUGUCUGUACAAUCUCUCCUUGUUUCUCUCCACACAACCACACACGCACACACACCCUUUGCACAUCAGCAUUUUGAUGGCUGGUCUUUCGAUACGUCUGUAUCUCUCUCCCCUCCCGCAGAUCCCUUCUUCAUGGUCCCUUGCCUAAUGAAACAGGGGCCUUUGGCCUUUGAAAUUCCAUGGCAAGCCCUCAGAAAUCAGUGUUGUGGAGAAUUCCUCAGCGCCACCAGAGAGAUUCUGGUGGGAGAGAAACCUCAUGGCGUGUGGGAUGUUGGCGGUUGUGAGUGACGCUGAGCUGGCAGCCUCAGAUUGUCUAGGAUUCAGAGAAACGGCAAUCCGAUGGGGAUGUUUUCCAGGGGGACAAGUCAAGUCGUCUACUUUCAGGGAAAUGUGUUUUCCUUUGUGCAUCCCGGGGAGUGAGGCCAACUCGAGGUAUAGCUAAGGAACGAGAAUAGAAAUAGGUGUUAACUGGGGUCCCUAAGCUUAGAGGCCAUGCAAGGGUUUGAAAAAACCCUUGGCGGGCUUUCCGUAAAGGAGGCCUCAGCUUCUCCCACCUUGUGCUCAAAGCUGCCUUGUCCGUUUCUGCUUUUACAGUUUCCAUCCUGAUGCCCCCGGGCUGCCCCAGGACUAGGCAUAAUUAGAAAGCUAAAAAUCCACAGGGAUGUGGUCACAUCACCUCCGACACUAAAUGCUUUCUUAGAGGUGACUGGGGCCCGCACGGAAUCCAGACUCCCACCCGAGGAGACGGUCCUCAAGCCCACCUCUCCCCCGUCCGUUUCUGCUUCUCCCCGUCAGUCCCUGUGGUCCUCCCACACAGCCCUGCCCCGAAAAACAGGAAGCUAGAUUUCUGUUGCCUUUGUGUAAACUAGAGUUUCAGGGUGAGCCUGAGGGGAGAUGGAGAGGCAGAAGAGCGCUCUCCAAUGGGAAGUGCCCUCCCCCUAAUUGGAGCCAUGGCAAGUCCCUAGACUAAUGGGGAAACCUUGGGGACUCUCUGACUGUGCCUUUCCUCCUCCACCGCGUUAAAACAGGAAAGCAAAAGUCCUGGGACAUCGUGCAUCCGUGGGCUGGAAGGGUACUGAGGUGGAGGGAGCCAGCUGAAGCAGGCCCGACCCGCUCCACAUCUCAUCCCCUUAGGGAGAGCUGGAUCCGACCUCUGCGCUGAGAAGAUGCUAGGAGUCACCCUGUGUGGAAUUCUGGGCAAGCCGAGGUUCUGGAAAUGGGCAGCCACGCAGAAAGCCAGUGGGCGUGACCGUACUGCCUCUUGGUCAGUCUGUGUCUCCUUGUGCCCCCUGCAUCCCUCUAGAUAUUUCUGUCUUUUGUCUGGGUGGGUUCCUGCAUGGAGGGGCUGAAAGCAGGGUUCUAGAGAGUCAGCCUGAGGCUUCUGGCCAGUUAUCCUCCCAGCCUGUCCCCCAGCCCGCGCAGGACCUCCUGAAACCGCCAUCCUCACACCUGGUGCCGUAGCAUCUUCCACGGAUGGGACUGGCACUUCUUUGACAAUCUCCAGUGAUGUCAGGCCUGCUCAAGAAAUUAUGCCGUUGUCUACAGAAGAAUUUGAGCUUUUUAAUGCUCUGGUUCCACAUAGCCUUAUAGAUCCUGUAAAUAAGGGGCUCACAAAAGUAAUAUAUUGUGUUAUGGAAGAUAUUUUGUACUGUGUUGUUUCCUAAAUCAUCCCAAUAUCCCAGAAGUCUGGCAUUUCUCAGACGAUUAUGAUCAUCAAACGCUUUGUAAGAUGGGGAGAGUGGAAGUCGAUAUAAAUAUAUAUUUUCCUAACCUUCCUUCUGGGUCCCCUCCUCCGAAAAUCUAAGUCGCGAUAGAGAAGGACCUCGAGUCCUGUGUGUAGGAGAGUUCAGCUUGCUGGUGUUCUCGCAAUUGCCUUAUGAAUUCACAAACCCUAGGAGUCCUGGACGGGAGGCGGACGAGAGGCACUUUAUCCAACCCCAGAAAGACUCUCUCCUUGCGUGACUGAGAAUUCAUCUAGAAAAACCUAUAUUUUUAACGUUAAAACAAAUGGGGCUUCCUGGACCUCACAGAGUAUCAAUGUCUCCAAGUGCUUUUAUAUUUUGUAACUGUAAAGAGGUUUCAUACGCACCGAAGAGCAUUCGGGAAUCUGGUCGACUGCCAUACAAGAUGACCUUUGCAUGUACAAAGAUGUUGCAUUCAGACUCUGAAAACAGCAAAUAAAGCUUUGAUGCAAGUUG